AAACAAGAAUGUCUUUAAAUUUUUUAGCAAACAGAACAUAUUCUUCCUGAUAUAAUAUCAACACAAAAUCUUUUUCAUGAAUUAAUAUCAAGUAAAGAAUAUUAUCGUUCAUGUGUACAAAAUACAUUUGAUGACAAUACAUCAACAUCCGAUAUGGAUCAUACAAAUAAUCAAUCAAUGUUAACAUAA